AUGUGUUUCGGCAGCAAGGCCGACAAGGAUGAUACUCCAGCCCCGCGUCCUGCGCAACGGCCUUCUUCACUACAGCAAGACACCAAGAUGACCAGCAACAACCAGCAGCCACAAGACGCGCCGCCAGCUGGCCCGCCUCCGGGGCAGAGUUCGGUGCAGACAUAUGCUCCUCCUGUCGGCCCGCCCCCGAGUCAGUCGUACGCCGCCCCGAGUGGUCCGCCGCCUGGCCGCGCCUAUGACUUUGCACCUCCCUCCGGCCCGCCCCCGUCUCAUGGAGGAUAUGCACCACCACCUGGACCUCCCCCCUCAAACCAGCGGAGUGAUUACGCUCCCCCUCCGGGUCCUCCGCCGGCCCGGAAUGAUUACACUGCUCCUCCGCCGGGUCCUCCGCCGUCGGACUCGAAGAAACACGACUGGGAGACGGCGGUCCCCGAUACUACCCUGUUUCCACCACCCCCGGCCUUCUUCAGUGGGUUUGACCGCUCUCCUGCGAAUAACUCUACUGAGCAGGAGGCUGAAGCAGGCGAGGCGUGGGUGGCCCAGUAUCCUCUCGUCCAGCCCAUCGACCUUGACGCCAGUGCUCUGGAGGCUUUGCGCACGCAUAGGAUAUGGCUUCUCCAGCCCCAAGGAUUCCGUGGCACAAUGGUCCAGCCGGUCUCGGGCAGGUGGGAAGUCACAACGCAAAGGAAUGCCCCCGACAGUACCAUCAUCGGCUACCCGCCUCUGUAUUCGGUCAAGAACAACUCUCCUCUCGCCACCGGUCAUCCCUUCAAGGUCUACUACGAAGUCAAGGUCCGUGGAUCAGCGAGGGAAGUAGACCUUGCCCUUGGCUUCACCGCCCUCCCUUAUCCCAACUUCCGUCUCCCUGGAUGGCAUCGCGGCAGCCUUGCUGUUCACGGCGAUGACGGACACAAGUACAUCAACGACAGAUGGGGCGGUAAGACUUUCACAGAACCCUUCCGUCCCGGUGAGACGCUUGGUGUCGGCAUGUCCUUCACGGCUCAGGGUGGCAGCAUGAGCGUUGACAUCUUUUUCACCCGAGACGGUAGACUUGUUGGCAGCUGGAACCUGCACGAGGAGAGUGACGCCGAGCAAGACUUGCCGGUCACGGGACUGGAGGGGUACCAUGACUUGAGUUGUGCUAUUGGCACCUUCCAGAAAAAUGAGUAUGAUAUCAUCUUUGACCCGAACUUAUGGAAGUAUAGGCCUUGA